AUGUUGCUGUCUGCUAGAUCAGCCAGGUGUGCGGCUCUGAUGGGAGAGCCUGACGAACUGUACCCAGGUGGAGAACUCGAGGGAUUAUUGUGAAUGGAGGAGAAAGAAGGAUCAUGUUGAGGAUCAUGUUUUGUGUCUUUUCUGUUACAGAGAAGAUCAUUUAUCCGAGAAAUACUAGGACGCUUGCCAAGACGAUUGUGAUCGGUGGAAAACCUAUCGAUGAAGAGACUUGCAUGGUAAUUUGUCGAUCGAAAUAUUAAUUGAAAUAGAAAAAAAUUUCUUAAGAUACUCUUGAAUGAUAAACAACUUUUUAUAAGUUCUUUAAAUUUAAUUAAUUUUUCUAAUUUUAUUAUUUUUCUAAAUUGUAUUAAUUUUAGAAAACAAGAUUCAUUUAAGUGCAAUUAAUUAUUAAUUUAAUAAUUUCAGGAAUUUGUAUUUGACAGCCUGAGACUUUGUCAGAAGAAGAUUCUUUGUUCUUUUAUAUAUAAUUUCAAGCUAAAGCCUCUUUUUUUAGCAAAAAGGAUAUAUUCUUAUAUGAUUAAUUUCUUGAUUAUUUUGAUAAUUUUGAAGAUCAUAUCUUAUUUUUAUUUCGUAAUAUUUUUUUCUCGAUGUGCUUUAGGCUCUGAGAAAGUUGGUUUUCGGAAGUAGUGCUAGUCCACCGAGACAAGAAUGGGCAAGAACCGGAUUCACCCUACGACCUUACGGACAAAGCUUGGCAUUUGGAUUACGAGCACCGAGAAAUACGACUAGGGGCCUCGUCACCGCAGUGCAAGCUAUAAUGCUCAAGCAUUUCCUGUUUAAAUGUAAUAGACAAGACACUCAUGCAAAUCCAGAAAGUCUGUUGAAGCCAUCAUACGACAGACAGAUCGACGUUUUGACAUCGACGAUAGCAGAGAUCAUUUGGCGUUGCGCCGGUGGAUUCGUCGUACAAAGUACUGGUUAUUCGUCAAAUCAAAGUGUUACAGGAAACGCGAAACCGACAGCUGUGGUAGUUUUGCCUCAAGAAACAUCCUAUGUGCAGCAUAGCGUGCAUUACUUCCAAGAUGGUCUUACAGAAACUAGUACAAACUGAUCUAGAAGAUCCAAAGAUUUCAAUAUUGAGCGGUUGCCCAGAGGAAGGUCCUAUAAACGUCGUAAUUCUUUCAUUAACCGGUCGUGCUUCACCUCAUCUGCACAACGGAGUGCUGCAUGUGGGAGAUGAAAACACAUAUGCUGUGCCGCAAUGGGGUGUCCUUGCGAGGAGUGAAGUAGGCUUUCUGGUGCACGAGGGUGAUGGACAAUUGAGCAAGCAACCAGGUUCUCGUUUGAAAACUCCGAAUUUGCCGAUUUGGGUUACUCUCUGCCAUGGUCAUCAUGGUGUUCUGUUCAAUAUCAACCGUGAAUUACUUCGAAAUUAUCAUGCUGAACGACGUUUCGAGAUUCAAUACUUUACAUGCGGCGGCAGCCAUGCCAUUUUAACCGUGGACACCAGGUCGAAUUCCGGAAAUGAUUCAGAAUUCGAGGGCCCGAGUAAAGAAUCCACGGACAUCGCUGCGACUCCCUUGGAAAAACUUAUUCGUUCCAAGUGAGUAAUUACUACACUUUUAGGCUGUGAUACUCACGAAAAUAUUUGAAGAAAAUUUCUGUGAAUAUUGUAUGUUGUGAGUGUUGUGCAAAAAUUUUUGAAACCUCAUUGUUUGCUUAAUGGCAAAAUUUGAAAUCAAUUUUCAAAUACAUAUAAAUAUUUACUGUAUAAAAAUAUUUACUUAAUAAAAUAUUAAGUAAAUAAAAAACUUAAUAAAAACUUAAUAAAUUUAUUAAUACUUAAUAAAAUUAUUAAGCAAAUAUUUACUUAAUAAAAAAACACCUGUUGUUAGUAUAUUUGUUUUAAAUAAAAUAGUUCCAUUAAAUAUAUAUUCCAUUAAGUAUAAUUGAUAAUUGAUAAUAAUUUAAAUUAUUUUUUUUACAGGUGGCAAGAUGCUUGCAUACAAUGGAACGGAACACCCUUAAUGUGAAUGUGUCUCUAUAAUCAAUCAAUUAAUCAAUCACUGUGUAUUUCUGUAAAUUUAGAUUAAAUUAACAGAACUUUUUUCUGUUUAGAUCGUAGCAGAUUGUAUGUACGUAUAGUUACAUAUCUUUGUAAAAAUUUCUGUGCUUCGAAAGAAAAGAGAUUAUUAUUAUGGUUUUCUUGUACCUUUUAUUUUUGUUUCAAAUAAGAAGAUGCUCCUACGAUAUUACUCAAAAAUUCCAUGAAACAGAUAUCGACGUUUCGUGCAUUGAACAAACAUUCCUGAACACGCGAUCGCGUGAAACUCAACGCCUUCUCAAUCACUUCGCGAUAAAUUCCUCUCUAUAAAAUCUUGCAUUCUUUUCGUUCACUAAAAAUUUGAUGUUGUAAACUCAGAUGUAAAUCACAAUGAACGAAUUCUAUAUUCUUUAAUCGAGGGUGAAGUUAAUCACCCUUCUUCCAGGUAAUUUAAUCAAUAACUAAAUUGGUCCCUACAGAACAUUUAUAAUAUUCGUGUUCCUUUAAAUACAUGAAAUUUAUAGAUGUACAUAUAUAAACUCUCGUAGUCAACAAUUGUUUUAUUACACUUUUAAAGGAUUAAAAUAUUUACUUCUUUUUUUUCUCUUUCCAUCAGACAAUGGCAAUCACAAUAA